ACUGCAGGAGAGUAUCUGGGUCCUUGUGCUCUGCUUCUGCUGGCGUGCAACACAAAUCUCUGAGCUGGCCUGCUCCCUCAAUAGAACAAUGUUUUCAAACCAGCCAACAUGAAGAGCAUCCUGAAGGGCAAAAAUGUUUGUUUUUGUCACAGAUUAUGAGGCGCCUGAAGCUGGUUUGAGUAACUCUAUCGGAGCUGUACGCUGGAAUCUUCCUGAUGAAGGUCUUCAGGCUCACAGCAGGAUUCCAUUAAAACCACAGCAGAAUUACGCUGUGUUCCAGACAACUCGAAAUCCUACUUGGAAAUAACAUCUGGAAUGCUGCUCUAAGUUAGAGAUCCAUUGUGUGAACUCGGGGCCGAUCACCUGGCUCCGGUGCAGACGAAGGCCCAAAUAUCAGUGUGCAUGCAGAGCCACAUCUGGAGCAAGGCCGCAAACUCAUCCUUGAGUGGGCACAGGAGCUCAAGAAAGUUGACGACAUGAGUUCAUGGAUAUAAGAGACUUAUUUUAUGUAUAAACAUCAUGCAUUGUUUUCAUUAAGAAAAAGAUGUUAUAUGUUUAUAUUCUCCCUCCUAUAGUUGUUUAGUGAGGGCCCAUGGCGACAAGAAAGAAAUGCAUCUUGGGAGCAGAAAGAGAACAAGGUGGAUUCUGCCAAGCAUAUGGAGCAGAAGAUCAUGGAAUGGGCUAGAGAGCUACAGACUGUGUCUGGGGUUAGGAUAGUGGGUUUGACCCCAUGUGACCGCUGUGGUGUGAUGACACAACAAUUAGCCUGUUUUCUGAAGCAGCUGGAACUGAAGAAGGGGAAAAUCUUGCCUCUGUUGCCUUUUUUGGAAUUCAUUACUUGGUCUCUACUGAACCAGGACAGCCAGGGUGUUGGGUCACAGCUAUGGCUCCUCAGCAAACAGCGUACCUGGAAAACACAGACACCAAAGUACAUUCCAAACUCAGUAUGGAGAUGGAUCCGCAGUGCUUCAGUGGACAUCACACUGGACCCUAUGACAAACCACCCAUGGUUGCAGCUCUCUGAUGACAAGAGAAAGGUACAGGAAGCUCUGAAUGAAACUGAAGUGUCCUUCAGUACCCAGCGCUUCGACAGCUGGCCGUGUGUCCUGGGCUGGGAAGGGCUCACAUCUGGUCGGUACUAUUGGGAAAUUUAUAUUGCCAACAAUGGCUACUGGCGUAUUGGAGUGACUAAUGCAUCCUCCAAAAGGCACGGUCGGUGUCCCAUGAACCCCUCUGAGGGCUUCUGGACAAUAUGGAGAAGCACACGGCAGUUUUAUGCAUGCACCAAGCCGGAGAUUGAGCUACCUCUGUCACUUGUGCCCAAAAAGCUGGGAGUUUACCUGGACUAUGAAGAAGGACAGGUGUCUUUCUAUAAAGUAGAGACACGGUCACAUAUCUUUACAUUCAUCACAAAUUUCCGUUAAAAGUUGUACCCGCUUUUCGCACCACUGGAUGGACGCACACUUAUUACACUGUCCUCCACAGAAGUCACACCAGAGGCGUCCUCUCGUGAAAGUGUACAAUUCUUUUAACUUGACAAAUGUUUUAAUAGGGGAUUAAUGAGCACAGAUAAGAUGCCCUUUUAGUGCUUAAAUACAAAUACAGCUGCAAAUCAUCGUGCUCAAGAGCAGAUUGGAAAGGUGGAUAAAAUUAUUACAAUUGUCAGAUCUAAAGGAUGAGAUCCUGUGGGUACUGUGGAGUUGUUUUGGUUGUAAAUUUCAACUUAAGUACAGUUGCACAAUUCUGAGGAUUUUCACGAGUUCCCUUUUAAUGGAAAAUGAUGAAAUUUUGCAUAUCCUAAGACCGCUCUGGUGUCAAUGUGUGCAAAGUUUUGUGAAUUUUAAAUGCUGUACCCACAAUGCACAGGUUAAUUAGUCCUUGUGGCGUAUAGCUAACAACGUGAUAAAUCAAUAUUCUUAAAAUCAUUUUUGUAAGGUAUGCUUCUGAAUGAUAUUCUAAAUUUUAUCUAAAUCAAAAAUGCCUAAGGAGGAGUACAGUGGAGUAUGUUUUUUAGAAAACGUCUAUAUAUAAUUCAUAAAAAACAUUUGAUCGUAAGCCACUUUAUUAUUAACAAUAAUGCAAGUUUGCUUAAUACAGUACCAUCUACUGUGGAAAUAAGGUGUGUACACUUAGUGGGUGCGAUUUGAAACCAUCCUAUUAAAUUUAGAGUAUUAUGUAUCCAGGAUGGUUUCGGAAGCUUUGCUGCUUGGAGUGCCAACAAUGAAUACUUUAAGAGAUUCAUAAAAGUACUUUACAAGCACCCUGUGAUUAUCUACACGCUCCAAAUUGAUAGUUGUAACACACAGAACAAUGUUUUUUAAGUAAAUACAAUGUAAUCAUUUUAUUAUGAAUCUUA